GCCCCGAAUGCUCGCCUCCGCCGCCGCCGCCAGAUGGCAGCAGCGCCGCCUUCCUCCCUCGGCCUAGCGUGGCGAACAAGAAACGCAAGAUGAGCAGUUCAGAAGAGGUGUCGUGGAUUGCUUGGUUCUGUGGCCUUCGAGGAAAUGAAUUUUUCUGUGAGGUAGAUGAAGAUUACAUACAGGACAAGUUUAACCUCACAGGCCUAAAUGAACAGGUACCACACUAUCGCCAGGCACUCGACAUGAUUUUAGAUCUUGAACCAGACGAGGAAGAAGAGAUCCCUCACCAGAGCGACCUAAUAGAACAGGCGGCAGAAAUGCUAUAUGGCCUCAUCCACGCUCGCUACAUUUUAACCAAUCGUGGCAUAGCUCAAAUGAUAGAGAAGUAUCAAGCUGGAGAUUUUGGUCACUGUCCACGAGUCUAUUGUGAAAAUCAGCCAAUGCUGCCCAUUGGUCUAAGUGAUGUCCCAGGAGAGGCCAUGGUGAAGCUGUACUGUCCAAAAUGCGUCUGUGACGUCUACACCCCAAAGUCUUCUCGCCACCACCACAUAGACGGAGCUUACUUCGGUACUGGCUUCCCUCACAUGCUCUUCAUGGUCCAUCCAGAAUACCGGCCCAAGCGGCCCACCAACCAAUUUGUACCAAGGCUUUAUGGCUUCAAGAUUCACCCAAUGGCAUACCAAAUUCAGCAGCAGUCAGCUGCUAGCUUCAAGGCUCCUAUGCGUGCAGUCAACUAUAAUAAUGGAAAGCGUUAGGAUUAGUUAGAAAUUGUUUCAUAUAUUUUUUUUAUUCUAUUGAUGUAAUUCAUGUGAUUAUGAUUAAGCUCAUUAAUUGCAAUAUUCCUUAUUUUUGAAAAGAAUUAAAACUUUUUAUUUAUAUUUUUUUCUCCUUCCUGUCCCCUUCUGUGGCUUAGUUUUUAUGUAUUCCUGUUAAAAUCAUCAGACUUGUGUCAAAGAAGUGAGAAAAAAGUGUUAGUGAGCUGCAAACAGACGGUGCAAAAAAAAAGUAUUUAAAAGAUACCUAAAAAGUUAAAAAAACAAAAACAAAAAAAGUGCCAACUGUGACAUCUCUCUGACAUAGGCUUGAAUGCAGUAAAGCCAGUCCGGCAGUUUGGAUUAAGUUGUGUCCAUGUCCUGCUUGUGCUCAUUCAUCAAGGGCUUUUGAGAGGUCCCUGCAUGGCAAGUUGACUGCACACAUUCCGGAAGAACCCACUCAUACCUCACUGCUUGUUUACCUCUGGAGCCAUGGAGUGAUCUCUCCCUGCAGAAAAGCUAGCUAGAGUGAAGGAAAUUACUCUGUGAAUACCAUUUUUUUUUUCCUUUUUGGUUAGUGUGUGUAAAUGGUACUCCAAAAUACCAGAGAAAGUUUUGUUUUGAAUCUUUGGAAAAAUCUUAUAUAAUAAAAUGUAAAUAUAUACCACACCUCCAUCUAUUA